AUGUUGACGGAAGAUGUUGUUCUUUUGGACUGCUGGGUUAGCCCCUUCUGCAUGAGGGUGAAAAUUGCGUUGGAGGAAAAGGGCAUCCAAUAUGAAGAGAGAGCUGAAGAUCUAUUUGGAGGCAAGAGUGAGCUGCUGCUCACAUCCAACCCGAUUUACACCAAGGUGCCCGUUCUGCUUCACAAGGGAAAACCAGUGUGUGAGUCAAGCAUCAUCGUCGGCUACGUUGAUGAGACCUGGGCUUCUCCACCAUUGCUCCCAUCUUCCCCUUAUGCUCGUGCUCAGGCCAAGUUCCAGGCCGACUACAUUGACAAAAAGCUGUUCGAUGCAGGAAGCAGUAUAUGGAGGACCAAAGGAGAAGCACAAGAGGUAGCUGUAAAAGACUUCAUAGAAGUCUUAAAGCAGCUAGAGAAAUUUCUCGGGGACAAAGAUUUCUUCGGUGGAGAUAGCUUUGGUUUCGUUGACAUCAUAACGAUCGGUAUAACGAGCUGGUUCUCUGCAUAUGAAAUAUUUGGAAACUUCAAGGUUGAAGACCACGCACCAAAGUUGUCAGCUUGGAUUAAUAGGUGCAUGCAGAGAAAGACAGUAGCCAAAGUCAUUCCAGACCCAGAAAAAGUCUAUGAAUUCGUCAUCAAUCUCAAAAAGAUGAUGGGUUUUGAAUAG